GAACGGAUCACGGUGGAUCUGAUAGAUCCCGUCUUAAGCCUCUCACUACUACUGGCGGUAGUUCUCGAGGCCGGGGGCAGCGGUGGUCUGUUCGGCACACUAUAGCCAAGCUGUUGAGCAGAAGUCCCAGUCCCGAUCCCACUCAUGUCGACCAAUCAAAGUCCGAUCCCAGACAAUCUGACCCCUCUAUGCCCGACCCACCAUCCCCUAAUCUAUCGCCAUUUCCCGUUCUCCCUGAGGGGGCCAUUGAUAUCUCUCACAUGAUACCCAGCGCGCGCAUCAUCCGUGCCAACACUGGGACUCCCCACCCACCACUAGGACGCACAGGUGUGAACUUGGAUACGCCAUCGUCAAUGGAUCGAACACCAUCAUCUUCAGCCGUCCCUGCUGGUGACGGAAAGAAAACAAUCAUCGCCGCCACAAAGCUCGUCCUUCAAACCGCCGCCUCUGCCCUCAAGUUAGCCCCCAUUCCAAAUCUCGACCAAACACCAAAUAUACUCCUAUCGUGGCUCCAAGUUUAUGAGACCUUCGACAACAAUGACGAAAAUCUUAAGGGAUUAGACGAUGAAGUUCGAAGCGCUCACGAAACCAUCUUUAGGCCUCUACAGUUAUGGACUGGCCAGGUUCCUCCUGAAAUCCGCGGGCUAAUUCAACAAUUUAACUUGGCCUUAAGACAGCAAUUGAUGCAAAUCGAAGCACUCAAACGUCAAAAGCUCGCCAAGAGGGUAAUCCUAGCGACUGAAAUAUCUCAGGAGAUAAGCGCUGUGAAGUCCUGUAUAUGUGAUGCUGUCUCCCGUUUCACGGUUUGUUUUGUCAGUGUUCAGACUAUACAUUAACUGACUGGGCGUGCACCGUAGACUGCGGCAACAACUCUGAAUCUCUUCCACACAAUCCGGUUAUCGAUAGACUAUGAACUCUCGAAACUCUACAAAGCAAACGCGGAAUACUCUGCCGUGGAAAGC